GACGGUAAUGUUGACACGGCUCCUUGACCCCUGGCACCACUGCCACCCAGCAGGAACUUCCAGCAAGCAGCUGUCAUAAUCAACCUCAACCAUUAUACACUUCGCCGUUUAAUUAAUAGCUCAUGACCAGUGUGGCCUUAAUGAUCCUGUCAUGUGAUAGUUCUAAACACCUGACUGAACCUUAACUACACUGGUGAACAUCUGAACCUCACGUCACUGAGGGACACCACCACAUAAUUAUCACAUACACUAUUAAAACAAUUAAUACAAGUGACACCAUGAAAGUUGAAGAGGUUCUCAGUUGCAGCUUCCCCUCGUGGUAUGAUAAAUUUAAGAAGUGUACCAUUAAGAGCAUUGUUGUACCACUCACACCAGAGGUUCUGGCCUAUAUGCAAGAUAAUGGUACAUUAGUACUCCCUGAAGGUUCACAGCCUGAACCAACCUAUAAGAAGAACAAAGAGGAAGAGGACGAGGAAGGGGAUGAUUGGGAUCACUGUGAGACAUCAGGUUGUGUUGUGCAAGGUCCUAAGCUAGAGGAGUAUAAUUCCAAGAUUAAAGAUGCCAUCAAGAAACUUGGAGGAAGUGUUUUUCCCAAACUUAACUGGAGUGCUCCAAAGGAUGCUUCAUGGAUUGCUCUCAAUAAUUCUCUAAGAUGCUGCACACCAGGUGAUGUUUACCUUCUCCUCAAGAGCAGCAACUUUGUCACUCAUGACUUAACAGCACCAUUCAAGGACUGUGAUGAUGUAAAUGUGGCAGACACAAAUAUUGACUACUGCUUGGUCCUACGUGGCUGGAUGGAGAUCAAUCCGGCACAUGAGUUCCGCUGCUUUGUUAGGAAUAAGGAACUAGUUGGUAUUUGUCAGCGAGAUAUAAGCCAAAGUUAUUGUUGCAUUGGCUCUGACCAAGCUAACAUCCGCAGUGAUAUUAUCAGCUUCUGGCAAGAAAACAUAGAAAACAGAUUUCCUCUUCCUAACUAUGUUAUUGACGUGUAUCGUCCAGCGAAGGAUUGUGUGAUACUACUUGACUUCAAUCCUUUUGGUGAAACAACUGAUGGACUAUUGUUUUCCUGGCCUGAGUUGAAAGGGCUUGAUGAUGCAAGACAGUGCCUUAGCAGGAUUAUCGAAGAUGAACCAGACUUAAACAGUAUAAUGGAAGACCCUGCAGCAAACGUAUUCUAUUUUAACGAGAGGAACUUCACCGAUAGCAAUCGACAGUCCUACUCUCCAGAGAGGAAUGCACUGACUCACUCCAGCCUUUUAGAAAGUUUACCAGAGUUCAGGUUUAUAUCAGAUGCUACAGGAGUUCAGCCAAGCCCAUACAUGUAAGUUUUGUUCCAUAAAAUA